AUGAAGAAGAAGAAGUCAAACCAGCCAACCAAAUCCAAACCCGAACCCGAUCCCGAUCCCGACUCCGACGUAUGGGCAUUCGUGAUUGGUCGGGGCACAAAAUCCGCGUUCCUCUGCAUCAGCCUCUUUGCUCUGGUGGUUCGCCUCGCCGUUGCGAUCCACCCGUACUCCGGCGCCGCCACACCGCCGAAGUUCGGAGACUACGAGGCACAGCGGCACUGGAUGGAGAUCACCAUCAAUCUACCGGUGAAAGAAUGGUAUCGAAAUAGCUCAACCAAUGACCUCAGCUAUUGGGGCCUGGAUUAUCCCCCUCUCACUGCCUACCAGAGCUAUCUCCAUGGCCUUUUGUUGAAAUUCUUCGAUCCGUUAUCGGUUUCGCUCUUUACUUCUCGUGGCUAUGAGUCCUACAUUGGGAAGUUAUUGAUGAGGUGGACAGUUUUGUCGUCUGAUUUGCUGAUAUUCUUUCCAGCAGUUCUUUAUUUUGUAACUGCGUAUUAUUCUAAGAAGUCAACUGUGGAGAAAAGUUGCACGGCUUGGCACAUUGCAAUGAUUUUAUUAAAUCCAUGUCUCAUUUUGAUUGAUCAUGGCCAUUUUCAGUACAAUUGUAUUAGCUUAGGGUUAACGAUUGCGGCUGUUGCGGCAAUUUUUUCGGAUAGAGACCUUGUCGGAUCUGUAUUCUUCUGCCUUGCUCUCAACCAUAAACAGAUGAGUGCAUAUUAUGCACCUGCAUUUUUUGGGUAUCUCUUGGGCAAAUGCCUUAGGCACCCGAAUCCAGCCUUUGAGAUCUCAAAACUGGGUUUGGUGGUAUUGGGAACCUUUGCUAUUGUGUGGUUGCCAUAUCUUUAUUCUGCCGACGCGUCUUUGGAGGUUCUUUCUCGAUUAGCCCCCUUCGAGAGAGGUAUAUAUGAGGAUUAUGUGGCAAAUUUUUGGUGUACAACUUCGGUCCUUGUGAAGUGGAAGAGAUUGUUCACCACACAAUUGCUGAAACUUCUUAGUCUUGCUGCAACCAUUUCCACGUUUCUGCCUUCAAUGAUUCAGCUUAUACUGUUACCUACCAAACGAAGUUUCCUUUAUGGGAUGUUGAAUUGCUCUUUCUCAUUCUACUUAUUCUCAUUCCAAGUACACGAGAAAUCCAUCCUGCUGCCACUUCUGCCAGCAAGCCUUUUGGCUGUUGAAGAGCCUUUUAUUUUUCGGUGGUUAAUAUAUUAUGCCUUGCUCUCCAUGUUCCCUUUAUUGAGACGUGACGAUUUGAUUCUUCCAUAUAUUGCUCUAUAUGGUCUAUUCGUCCUUCUGUACUAUGCUCCUGGACGAAGAACAGAUACAAGAGAGACGAAUUUCUUCGGUUUCAUUUUACAAUCACUUCUGCUUACCUCCUCUCUUAUUCUUCAUAUAAUCUACAUGACCGUAACUCCUCCAGAGAAGUAUCCUUUCCUUUUUGAAGCCAUGAUUAUGCUCUUCAGUUUUUCCCAAUUUUUAUUGAUUUCUAUAUAUUCAAAUUCAAAACAGUGGGCACUAUCUAAGCACGAUCAAGUUGAUAUAAAAAAGAAGAGCCUCUAA